AUGGCUUUGAAACGCAAGUCGUUGGGCGAUGGCGGCGCUGUGCCGCAGAAGAAGUCUCGAAUAGAUGCUGCCGAUGAGACUCCCGACGUGGACUGCGUGUCGGAUGGUUCGGGUGACUACAAGGUCAACUAUACCGACACGGGUGAACGAAGAGCAGAGAGCGAGGCCCGCCGACAGUGGAACUAUGUCUGCCCAGUCCAAGGCUGCGCACAGCGCUUCAACCGCCCAUGUCGUCUCGAGUCUCACAUGCGAAGCCAUAACAAGGAACGACCAUUUGCUUGCACCGAACCAGGCUGUGACAAGACAUUCCCUCGCAAAGAUCACCUCCAGCGACAUCUAAAGAAUGCCCAUAGCGACCCGGUCGCCGAACGAACUUACAUCUGCGACUGGAGUGGAUGCGGGAAGAGCUUCACUUCGAACGGCCGGCUCCAGCGACACAAGGACGUCCACGAGUCCAAGUUCUACUGCACCGACUAUCCUCCCUGUAACGAGGCGUUCAGAAAACAGAAGGCUUUGGACGCACAUAUCAAGAGUCAGCACCAGGAAGUAAAGCCGUAUUCGUGUACCUCUGUCGACGUAGAGACGGGAGAGAGAUGCACAAGUGGUUUCCAGACUGAGGGCGCGUUGCAGCGGCACAUGGACAAGGUGCAUUCCGACGGACAAGAGGAGGGCCAUUUCUGCAUGCUUUGCAUCCCACCAGGUGCUGAGACGGAAAUUAUGCAGACUGAGUCUGGCCACACGAUCACGAUACCAACACAGCCGCUGUCUUUUGCAACCAACGAGGAGCUCGUGGCACAUACCGAGGAACAUCACCCACCCAUUUGCUCUGAGUGUGGCCUGAAUUUCAAGAAUACAUCCGCGCUUAGGGCCCAUUUCGACACCGUUCACGCCGAUCCAGCAGAACAACCGCGAUUCCCGUGCCCGAAGCCAGAUUGCGAUAGCGUUUUUAAUCGCAAACACAACCUUAGUGUCCACAUACAGACCGUUCAUGACAAGCAGUCUAAAUUCUUCUGUGCCGCGGACGCUCUUCAGGAGUCCAAGCAUGAAGACCUCAAGGCCUGGAAUGGCGAAAAUGCUUGCGGGGCAGCUUUCAAGGCCAAGUCGUCUCUCGAUCAGCACGUCCGAACACACCACCUGGGGCUGGGCAACCGCAAGCAGCUCCGAAAAGCAGCAAAGUCAAAAAAGAAGCCGGAUCCUUCGAUGCUUACUCUACUCACUGGCGUGGGAUACGACAGAGGCAGAGAGGUUCCCUGUUUGGUCAAGGCCUGCGAGUACCGCUUCUACCUAGACCGCGAUCUGCGCCGCCAUCUCCGCGCUGCGCACUACAUCCCAGAGGAGUAUGUAGAGGAAAUGAUUCAAGAGCGCGACGCGAUGACUGGUGGCCAAUUCUGGAUUGGUGGCCUCGACGAGUCGAUGAACAUGUUUGAGUCGACGGAGCCAAGUAUGCCGCAGACUCCGGCCCCUUACUUCACUGACGGUGGUAUUCCGACAAUGUCCCAUCUCGAUGGGCAACCAAAGUCCAUCGACCCCCAUUUUGGCUACUUUGACCAGCAAUUCGAUCACCUCCAAGUUGCCUUGCUCGACGAAGACGCUGAGAUGGAUAUGGCUAUGGGCUUGGGCGAUCUGGCGCCUGCGACGGAUGCGCAGGAGGGUCUGCAGUGGGAUAUGCUUGCCCCGGUGGAGCAGUACAAUAUCGAUCAAGCUGGGCAUUGA